AUGAAUUCGUAUUCUAUACUCUACCACGAGGAGCAGACCUUCAGAAGACCCACUAUUUCAAGCGACUGGGGGCGUUUCGACUACUAUGCGCCAUUUGUAAGGCAGCUCGGAGGCUUGGACCCUCUAGAACGCUCGCCUUCAGCCUUCUUCGUAAUGGACGACGUUAUCCGCCAUGCCCUCGAACAGAGACACACGGUGCUUCUCCCUAAUCUUAGGACAAGUGUUGUUUCAAGCAACGACCUCGAAUAUACCUCCCUCUUCCUCACUCCCUCCGUCCACACCUUCUGCUUGAUAAUGCAUCCCAAGCACCUUCAACAGCUCUCGCACCUAGCUAUCGGGAUACCCCUCGAAGCUGCCAAUAUAAAGAUACUACGCCUUUCCCAGAGCACCCAAUGGAAGACACAGCAGCAAGCGCUGUUCACGCACGCUCUUGCGGAGCUUCUCUGUGGCCUCGACCUCGAGGUGUUUCACUGCGAGUGGUUCUCGCUGUCCGACGAGAUGAUGGCCACCAUACUUAGAAUGCCCAGCCUCCGUGAGCUGACCGCUUGCAAAGAGGCGGUGGCCGUGUCCCAAAUUCUAGAGGCAAAACCUCUCUCGAAGCCGCAGAUCAGGAAGUUCGUGCUCUGGACUCAUAAUCUUAGUGGAACUUCCCUCCCGACGAUUCUUACCAACAUCUUUCCCUCCAACCUCACUGAAUUCCGCAUCCAGUCUUCGUCCGGAAUAUGUACUCAGGACAACCUGUGUUCGCUCAUCCUCGCCAUCGCAUCUUACUGUUCCAGAACAUCCUUGGUCGACUUCGCCCUCGAGGAAGAAGCCGGCGUCGCCAACGAGGACGACGCCUUACCCUGCCCCAUCACCUUCGACACCUUGAAGCCGUUAUUCCAGUUCACCGAUCUACGAAAGUUGUCUCUCAUGCAUCCCUUCGACCUAAGUGACGCCGAGGUCAAGGAAAUGGCUCAAUCUUGGCCGCGAAUCGAGCUGCUUUACUGUGAAAACAAUCGGGAGGAUCUCGAGCCAAGAACGACGCUGGCCGGCCUCCUGUGGCUCGCGACUUAUUGCCGUAAGCUUGAUUCGCUGUCCUACAGCUUUACAGGGAGUGGCGUGUUGCCUGAGGAACUUAUGGCAAAGGCUGCUGGCCAUAAUCUUGCUUUUCUUUCCGUUGGAUGGUCGCGCAUUGACAAUCCUAGCGAGGUGUCCGACUUCUUGAACACUGCGUUUCCUAAGCUAGUGCUUCUCCUUUGGGGCGCUGAGCCCGACUCGGUGGAUAGCGAGCGUUGGCAGGAGGUGCAGGCACAGAUACAGCGGGCAUAA